GUAUCCGUCUGGACCGUGUCUUCGAAACAAUAUUCAGCACAUUUACAUCUGCAUACACUUUACAGUCUGGCAACGCCAAACGGAAGCAAAGCUAUCGAUAGCAUACGCCGCUGCAACCCUAGCCUACUGCGCUCAAAAAGUUCCCAUAAUUAAAAGCUGACCACUUCUUUGCCUAUCAAAAUGAGUGUUGAAAGCAUGGAAAUCGCUGAAAAAGACGAGAUGUUUACCUCGUUCGGCAUCCACGACUACCUGGUAGUCAGCAAGUUGGGCUCCGGCUCCUUUGGCGACAUCUACUUGGCCAAGCACCGGGUGACGGGGAUGCACGUGGCCCUGAAGGUGGAGCACAUUGGCAACCGGAAUCUGCAGCUGCGCUCCGAGCACGAACUCUAUAAGACCCUGGGCGAGGGACCGGGCAUCCCGCGGAUCUACAACUACCUGAUGGACGGACCCUUCAACGUGCUGGUGAUGGAGCUGCUGGGUCCCUCGCUGGAGGACCUCCUCGAGGUGUGCUACUCCCGGUUCUCGCUGAAGACAGUGCUCAUGCUGGCUGAGCAGAUGCUGGAGCGGCUGGAGUUCCUGCACUCGCACGGCUUCAUCCAUCGCGACAUCAAGCCGGACAACCUGCUGAUGGGCCGGGGCGACAGCAGCCACCAGCUGUACCUGAUCGAUCUCGGCCUGGCCAAGCGGUACCGGAACGUGGCGUUGAGCAGGCCGAGGACCGGCAGCCAGCUGACCGGCACUGCGCGCUACGCCUCCAUAAACGCGCUUCGCGGCGGCGAGCAGUCUCGCCGGGACGACAUGGAGUCCAUGGGCUACGUGCUCGUGUACCUCCUACGGGGCAGGCUGCCCUGGCAGGGCCUGCAGGGCGCCUCCAGGACGCAGAAGCACGAGAUGAUCGCCGAGAUGAAGCUCUCCACGCGGCCGGAGGAUCUGUGCGAAGGCCUGCCCGAGGAGCUGUACCACUUCAUCGGCUACACACGGGAGCUGGGAUUCGGGGAGAAGCCGAUGUACCAGACCAUCCGGCACUCCUUCCUCUUCCUGAUGGGCAGAAUGAACUUCACCAACGACCGGAUCUACGACUGGGUGGUCCUGCAGAAGCGGGAGGAGUCGAAGCAGAAGAAGAAGGCCAAGAAACAGGCGGCCGCAACAGAAGUGGACUGGUACUAUUAAGCCCGACACCAUGUUGCACAUGUUAAAUUAGGACGUCGCAAUUUUCCAGUGGCCUGUCACAAAUGUCAAUUUAAAAUACACAAGCUGGCAGCUAGCAAAA